UAUGCUGAUGUGCAUUACAAUGAAGUGUUGCAGUAUUCAUCACACUAUAUUUGAUAUAUAGAUUGGAAUAUUUUGGUACUAAUUUGACAUCAAAUUUGAUGUUUUGAUAUGAAUCGGGGAUGGUCUAAUAAACGAAAUAAUUUAAAUCUGGUUUUGACCCCAAAUUCCACCUCCCACCUAUCUAAAGGCUUCUCUUUCGUCGAUCGCUCCGGCGCCGCCCGAUCCACCGUCGGCACCAACCUCUCUCUCGUCGCCUCCCUCUCUCCGUCCCCUGCCGCAAAAACAGCGAAGGAGAAGGUGGCGAGCGGCUCUGGAAACCCUAAUGGUGGAUAGCGUUUAGAACAGCCUUCGCCUCUUUAUGCACAGCAAUGCCAUCUUCCUCUGCAAACGCCUCUGCGCCGAGUUCCCUACCCAGGUCAACUACUAGUGAGCGCCCUGCCCGCUGCGACCUUCUUCCUCUCUCCUCCAUGAACGACUUCGGCAGCAGCCACGGUGGCCGGCGCGCGCCGUCUGAUAAGGAAGACGCGCUGUCGGAUAAGGAAGACUACCUCAGCGGUCUGAUAAGGAAGACUACGCUAAAUCGCACGGCGUCCAACACGUGACUAUCCUACACUUCUACAUACUGGCAUUCCAGCGUUUGCCCAUCCUGGACACUUUGCUCCAUUGCCCAUCACUCGUGUCGCUGAACCUGGAAUCGGUGGGCUAUAAGGAAUACGAAUACACAUUAACCCUCAAUUCCAUCGCCCUCAACAACCUCAAGACUCUUUCCCUCAAGCUUGGCGGAGCUUCAAUUCACAACGAGAGUUUGAAGAAGCUGAUCUCAGGCUGCCCAAUUAUGGAAGAAUUAAAACUAAAUGCAGAAUAUCCUCGGCACGAAGUCAUUCACAUAGAAGCCCCAAAUCUUCUCCGAUUGACUCUCAAUCCUGCUCCAAGAAAGCUUCAAAUCCUUUGUCAGAAACUCAAGUAUCUAAAGCUAAAGCCUGAUCUCAAAUUGAUGCACUUGCACGUCGAAGCCCCCUCCUUGAUCUUUGUUCGAUUAUACAGAAUUUGGAGCUUGGAAGAAUUUGCUCGGACUCUAUUCAAUGUGACUGCGGUAACUAUAGUUGUGUCAGAUACAUGUCUUUCAGGCUUGCUUCCUAAAUUCCUGAAACAAUAUGAGGCUGUUGUAGAAGGGUUUCCCAUCUUUCACAAACUGCACAAGUUGGAGAUCAAGAUGUUUUUCGCAGAAAAGUGCAGCUUGAACAUCGUAUUUGGUCUUCUUCGAUGCACGCCGAAUCUGCAUUCGCUUGUUUUAACUGAGUACAAAAAGCAAGCGGGUGGUGGGGAUUUCGACGAGUGGGAGAGUUCAUCAAGGAUUAAUGAGCCCUUGGAGCUUCUGGAAAGGGUUUCAGUAAAUAUCAAGAGUGAAAGAAUUCGGUCGGCAUUUUUGAAGACCUUAUCACAGAGAGUUCUAGUGUGGGAUCGAGUAGUAGUAACCUACUAAAUUUUGAUAUGUUAAUACUGAUUUUGAUAACUUUGUUAUCUUAGUAGGUGAAUGAUCACAACUUUAGUAACUCUGUAACUAUUCUCUUUUUGGAGCACUCCAUUGUAGUCAAAGACAUUCUAAUGCUAGCGGCAUAGUAUAAUGACUAAGGAGGUUACCUUGACUUACAUAUCUUGCAUUUUCAAAUAUAAUGUCUAAUGCAUGUUGUUGUAUUGAUUUUUUUUUAUAAGGUAGCUUAUACCUUUUAAAUUGCCAAUGUUAUAGGACACUUUUACUCCAUGGGACAUUAGGAUAUUUGGAUGCAUUCGUUUGGUCAAAUGUUUUGCUUUAGAGUAUAAAUUUUUUUUAGGUGUCAUUUGUUGCAUAGCAAAUGUUUUUCAAAAAAUUCUCUUGCAAAGAAGUGUUAAAUUUCCCAAACUUGUUUGGUAGCUUUGAUUCUCUUAUGAAAAGUGACCUUCCUGUUGUGUACCAAUCAGUUUCUGGAAGAUUAACCACUCAAUCUUUGCUUUUUAUUGGUAAUUGUGUUCAUUUGAAGGCAAGUCAAAUUAUUUAUCAAUGAUUUAGGUUGCUAGGAUUAUUGAGUUAUUAAUAUUAUUUGAUUAUUUAUCCCCCUUUAAUUUGUGAAAUGCAUUUCAUCAUUGCUCCUAACUAGUCCUCCUCAAGCAAUCUUGUCUAGCGCUUUUCACUUCUUUCAUGUUAGUUUUUCCCUCAGUUUUCCAAAUGUGCUUUGUAUGCAUUACUUUAUCUUGCUUGUUGCUUUGUGUCCUUUUUCAGAAUUGUUGUAUUGGCAGAACAUUGAUUUAUAAUGCUUCUCGCUUUCUUUUCAGAUUCUAAAUCAUGAUAUUUCUCAUGUUAUUGCUUCCAACCAUGUGGUUUUACACUACACAAUUGAAUUUAUUCUCUUUAUCUUUGCUUGUUCAUUGUUUUAUUUUGCUAAGUUUUUCUCAAAUUUUCUUUAUUUGAUGCUUUGCUUACUUUGUUGAAACAAAAUUAUCUGGCUUUAACCUUUUGUUCGUUACUAUGUGUUGCCGUUGCCCUUCACGAUGGCAACUCUCAACCUCCUUUUGCUUUUUUGUGCUUCCAAGAUUAGGACUUACAACGUCUUGCAAAUCCAGUUUUGUCGUUCCCAUUGUUCUACAUCCAACACCCUACAACAGUAGAUUAACACUACUUCAGUUUCAAUGACAUCUUUGCCCAAUUAGUUGCUACAAUAGGGAUGGAUUUCUUGCUGUCAAAACUUAAACGUUACAAAUAGGUGGGAUUUUGUUCAUGUUAAUUCCCAAUUAUAUGCUUAUAGUUCAAUCAAUUAAACAUUUCUUGUUUCCCAUUUUUAUCUAAAUAAUCCACCUUCACAGCUAAUUCAGCACACAGGAUCAAUUUUUCUUCCCAAUUACAUAAUAUAAAUGAAACUCAUUUGAUGCCAGAGGAAAUAAUAAAUCUCUCAUAAACUGCCCUUCUACUAUGUCUCUGUUUCAAUUCAAGCUUUUUGUUCUUGCAAAUUUUAUAUUUUAUACAUAAUUUGUUGUUUUCUUUGAUGACCUGAUGUGUUGCCAGGAAACUUUUGUUCAGGGCAUUGGGACAGCAAAAGGAUUUUUUAUUUUUACUGUCAGUUGGGUACCAGUUAAUUUGAUUUAUGUUUAAUGCCAUCCUAUUUCAGAUUUAUUUUGAUCAUAUUCAUGUAUUAUCCUUACCAUUUAAACAUAUGUCAGUUCCAAUUUCUUACCUGCAGAUACUUUUCUCUUUGGGAAAAAAAUAUAUACAACGCCAACUUUUUCAUGUUCUGACUUCUACACCAUCAUGCUUAACUAGUUACUGCUCUAAUUACAUAGCAUGAGACAAACCAAGAUUCUCAGCUAAUACUUCUUUGUCACCAUUCCUCGUUGGGAUAUGUUGUGUCCAAAAUUUCAUUAGCUGGGAAACAAAUACUUCAUGCUACAACUUCAUCCUGCUUAGGUAGCAUGAAAUUUCAUUCAUCUGAGGGAGAUGUAUGCUAAGAGUCUUUCCUUCUUUAGUAACAAUAUGCUUCCCAACCUCUCCUCAGUGCUAACACAGUUGCCUUCAUAUCUUCAUUAAUUCGAAGAUGUGUCAUGAGCUUGUUUUUCUUGUCAACGACCAGAUGCUGUUCAAACAUGAUAGGCACAAUAUUUUGGUCAUCUAUGAAUGCAAAAUAAGAUCAGUAUGAUAUUGGAAAAUAACAAGUGUCAAGCAAUCCAUGUAAUAUGUUUUUAUCCAUUUGAUUUACUUUCUGAGAUAUGCAAUAUGACAUUGUCUUGAUUGUUGAGAAUUGUUUCGGAUAUAUGAAGCGCCAUAUAUACAUCUGCUUUAUCAUUUUCAUCCAAGGAAAGGAUUUCUCUGAUUGUAGGGUUAACAUUCUGUAGCAGGAACAUGCUGGAGUAACAUACAGUUUUAUAUAUAGCUCCUUACCUCAAUCAAUGGAAUGGGGAGAUUUUUUUUCAUUACUAUGUUUCUUUAGAGAUUUUAUAAACUUAGAAGCCAAAAUAUUGCUCCUCCUCAGUGGGCAAUGAGAACAAACUACUCUGCGUCAAAGAUGGAUACAAGGAAAUGCUUUAUAAAGAAUGCACUUCUUUAUUGAUUUCUUCUUGUAGGAACCACAUACCUCUAGGCAUUUUAAACAUGUGCAAGGAGAUACAGGGACAUCUUCCAAAAGUUUUAGGGAUAGACAUAGUGGAGAUGGCUCUCUGGGCAAGCAGUUCAUUAACUACUUGGUAGGCUUAAACCACACAGCUCUUCCUUUUCCAACCAUCUUUCAUCAAGCAUGAUAGCGCAAGAACUGCAGUUCAAUACACAAAAGG